AUGGACCAUUUCCAUCGAAACGUUUCUGGGAAACUUGCUUGGGUUGAUCUCCCAACUAAUCCUUGGAAGCAAGUCAUUAUCCCUCUUGCCUGGGCAUCGAAAACAGUACUUCAUGCUGUGCUGGCACUUUCAUCAGAAGAUCUGGCAUCGAAAUUCGAGCAGAAUCACCCUCGUUGUCAGUAUUUACAACGCGUCUCCUUGUACCUGCGGAAUCAGGCUUUAGCUUCGUUGGCGGAGCAGAUUGGUCGAAUGAGACAAGAGGAUCCUCCUUCGGGGCUUGAUCCAAUCCAAACACAAUUUGCUCUAGCGUCAACAUUGAUAUUGUAUAAUGUGGAAUUGCUCGGCGCCGAGUCACUCAAAUGGCGAAUGCAUCUUCAGGCCGCAAGAGCGAUCCUCCAGUGGAAAGAACAAGCCUUUCCCCAUCCUGUCCUCUCGGAUGAGAUUGAUUCAUUUCUUCUCUACGAGCAAUACUAUGCGAGCGUCUUUGCGGGCUUGACAACUUUUGAUUCGCCAUCAGACUCCGAGAAGGUCAUCCAAUAUGCAGACAGUACUGCUAUCUUCAGCGAUUUCGUGAAUAUCAUCAACCGAGUCACUCGGACCGAACGACUACAUUAUGGGCGCAAAUACACACGUGACCCAGCUUUGCUUGAGACCAUGGUUCAGGAGCUGAAUGAGGCAAGACUGAAGAUGCUCGCAUCAGCUUUUUGCAUCUUGUCUGUAUCUUUCACCAUGCAAGUCUGA